UGGAAACCCACCCAGAUCCUCCCCUUUCUGACACCAUGGUCAACUCCUGUUGUGGCUCCGUGUGCUCUGACCAGGGCUGCGGCCAAGACCUCUGCCAGGAGACCUGCUGCCGCCCCAGCUGCUGUGAGACCACCUGCUGCAGGACCACCUGCUGCCGCCCCAGCUGCUGUGUAUCCAGCUGCUGCAGGCCCCAGUGCUGCCAGUCUGUGUGCUGCCAACCCACUUGCUCCCGCCCCAGCUGCUGUCAGACCACCUGUUGCAGGACCACCUGCUACCGCCCCAGCUGUUGUGUGUCCAGCUGCUGCAGGCCCCAGUGCUGCCAGUCUGUGUGCUGCCAACCCACCUGCUGUCGCCCCAGCUGCUGUGAGACGACCUGCGGCCGCCCUAGGUGCUGCAUCUCCAGCUGCUGUCGCCCCAGCUGCUGUGUGUCCAGCUGCUGCAGACCCCAGUGCUGCCAGUCUGUGUGCUGCCAGCCCACCUGCUGCCGCCCCAGCUGCAACAUCUCCAGCUGCUGCCACCCCUCUUGCUGUGAAUCCAGCUGCUGCCGCCCCUGCUGCUGCCUGCGUCCAGUCUGUGGCCGAGUCUCCUGCCACACCACUUGCUAUCGCCCAAUCUGUGUCAUCUCCAGCUGCCCCCGCCCCUUGUGCUGUGCCUCCUCUUGCUGCUGAGCCCACUGCCCUGGCUCAUCUCCCCCUUCACCACUGGCCCACAGAUGUAGACCCUUCUACUGUUCUGACCAUUAGGACACAUGAAGUGGGGUUGAUGUCAUUCAAUAGGAUGGACCUCAUGUUUCCAAUGAGCCCAUCACCAUUUCACUGACUCUUUGAGAACAUUCUGAUUCAUUUUAAACUCCCUCCCUUGCUUUCUUUUUCUUCCGGUGGUGGCAUCAAAUGUGAAUUAAUUUGUAAUCCACUAGCUAAGAAAUUAUCCCAAUCCUCUAAUUUCCUCAUUUUCUUUAUCACUUUGAGGUACAGAUUCUUCUUCUCAGUGAGGUAGACAUUAUCUGGAGGACCAGUUUUGUCACUGAGGUUGCACCCUCAGAUCCAGCCACCCAGUUAUAUUCUGUGUUUCUCCUAGUGUGAAUUUCUUAUGCUUUGUUGCAUCUCUGCUUUCUAAUAAACAUUUCUGCACGUAAGAA